CAUCCGUCUGUUCAGCAGGCCGCCAGCCAGGUCCGUGGGCUCAGCUUGUUGGGUCGGGAGCUGGGCCAGUGGGCUGGGCGGCAAGAGGUGAUCAUGUCUCAAAGGGGCUGGGUGGACUCCCAGGGGCUCCCUGAGGACCCCGAGCUUGGAGUUUUGGUGCAGCUUUCAGGGCACUGCCUUAGAGCCACCAGUGUGUUCAACGAGACUGGAGCCAGCGUCAUCGCUGGCCACAGGCUCAUCUGUUGUGUUUCUUGUGGGGCCUUCGCUUGGGGCAAUGUGAGGGCCCUCUCGCAGGCCUGCCAUCCCGCCCAAGCGGGCAAGGGGCUGAGGCAGCAGAAGGCCCGACUGUUGGCUCGCAAGUUCCCCAGGUGGCUGUCCAAGUAUUCGGGCUGGUCUCUGGGUGAGUUGGAGAUCCCGACCCCGUCCGAUCUCCUGUCUCUCGCCUCCACCAUCCUUGCUGCGCGCCCGAGGCCCGCAGCGCCGUCAGCCCAUCCCGUCUUCCGUCCAGGACCGCCGUGGCGCCCCUGCUGGACACCUGGUGUCCUGCUCUCGCGCUUCGGCGUCUCGUUUGAGACCCUCCCGUUCUGGGAGGCCCAGGCGCGCGCCGCCCUCGGCAUGGGGCAGGACGCGGGCGGGGCCCCCGAGGAUUACGAGGAGGUGUAA